CAGAUUUAUUGGGCGUUUGGGUAUUUUAUACCAAAAUCCGCCGUUUAGUUAUUUUGCAAGAUAUACCAAUAAUGUUUAGUGCAGUGAUAGUAGUUUUUUAUUGACGAUAAAUCAUUUACAAUGAUUUUAAAAUUGGAUUAAUUUAUACUCAACUCAACGAACGCAAAGGAAAUUUGAAACAAUCAAGUGAAAUACUACCUAUAACAACCAAUAACUAUGGGGACUUCACCUAAACUCUUGAGAAGGAAGACCGGCUCCUUGUCUUCAAUGUCUAAAUCGAAAAGUUUAUGGAAUAUUUCUGAGGUCGGGAGAAGGAAUACGUUAGUUUUAGAAAGGGCGAAAGUGACACAAUUAUUGAAGACAACACAGAUAGAACAAUUAUCCAAACUCCAAAGUAAACAUCAACAAGAAUGUGAAUUACUUGAUGAAAUAAGAAAUUUUGCGAAACAAAGAUCACAGUUGGAUAGAGAAUAUGGACUGGCUUUGCAAAAGUUAGUAUUACAGUAUCAAAAAAAGGAUAUACCAAAAGUAACAGAAGGAAAUCAUACUCCAAAGAAAGAGAUGACUUAUCUUAAAAUGUGGUCAACUGUGGUUUCGGUUUGGCAAUCUGUUCUUGACGCAACUGACAAAACAGCACAAGCACGUUUGGUUUCUUCAGAAAAUUAUAAAAAUGGAAUAUCGGAAGCUGCCAAAAACUGCAGAACACAUAAAGAUAAUAACUUAAAGAAGUGCCAAGAUCUUUUAAACACAAUUCAAAAUGGAAUAUCAGAAACUGUGAAAGACCUAACAAAAGCAAAAAAGAAAUAUUUUGAAUUAGAACAAUUAGCUUCUUCAGCAAGAGAAAAGUUCCAAGAGGUUGAAGAGAGGAGGAAGAAAAAACAACCGGGAAUAUUUAAAUCACAAGCUGGAUUAGAGAAAACAAGUCAAAAGUUGGAACAGAAAUGUGACGAAUGUAAUAAGUCAUCAACGAUAGCACGAAAUGAAUACAUUCUUGCUCUUGCGACUGCGAACGCGCACCAGAAAAAAUAUUACGAAGUAGAUAUACCAGAAUGCAUGAGAAUUCUUGAUGGGGACAUUUUUACCAAAUUGCAAGAUUACUUGAGUGCAGCGAGUCGGUAUGAGUUGGAAACGGGUGCAGUUACUCAAAAAGCUUAUGCAGUUUCACUCCAGUGUUCGACAAUGAUAUCGCGAGAGUUCAGCACUCGUUGUUUCUUGAACGACAAUUCCGUAUUCGUUUGGGGCCCAAAGUAUGAGUUUGAAGCUUGCGAGGAUGACACCAAUAAUGGUGAAUUGGUUGCGGAACACGGAUCUACCGGUGAAGAUAAUUCACUCAACCGUGAAGCGCGGAAAUGGGCUGGAAGAUUCGUGAGAGAAAACAAACAAGUACAGAAACUGACACGUUUACGUCAGAAUUUGGAAGGAAUUCGAAACAAAUACACAGAGAACCCAGAAUUAACGACAGAAGCGAACAUAGCCGACACUGAAACUCGUAUCGAUAAAUGUCUCUCCGAUUUACGUCGUGUUGAAACAAACCGAUUAAAAUCAGAAUCAAAAUUAAAUGUCUUGCGACAUGCACCUGGAGUCGACGUUGAUUCGUGGAUUCAAAGUGCAAUUAAUCAGAUGGCGAAAGAACCAAGUAACUCCGUUCCAUCAACCCCAAUCGAUCCAAAUAAAAAGUUUUCUGCAACGGAGGUCGAUACUCCGAAUGGACGUUCCGUGACUGCAGAUGACAGUUCCUUUUUUGAUGAUGAUUUUGACGACACGUUCGAUGAAGCUUUCGACGAAGAAGUCGAUCACGACGAAGUUUCACUCACUGCGAGCGAUCAUAGUCGUGUUUAUCCAGUUUCGUGUAAAGUUAUAUAUGGUUACACUGGAACACGACCAGAUGAGCUCACAAUAUCACCGGGCGACAUUGUUGAAGUCGUUGAAGAUGGGGAUUUAGAACAAUGGGUGAAAGCGAAAGAUAAAAACAAUCGAGUUGGAUACGUUCCGGAAAAAUAUUUAGAAUUUCCUGCUCCGACAAACUCAAAUACGAUGAACAAUCAUUCAGGAUCGUCAUCGAUAUUCGAAAAAUCUCCGUCGAUCGUUUCAGGCGGAUCUAACCACAGUAACAACUUUUAUAUCAGUUCGACAAAUUUGACGGACACUGGGACUACGCUGUCGUCAAUUUCCGGAAGUUCAAGCACCUCUGGAACAUCUUCUCUCACAACGUCUUCGUACGGAAGUGCGAUGACCAAUAAUGACGAUAGACAUCCAACAGCAGCAUCAGGUGCAAUGGUUUUCGCCAAAGCAAUUUACGAAUACGAGGGUUGCACAGAUGACGAACUAACUUUUCCUGAGGGUGCAAUAAUUCGCAUAAUAGCGAAAGAUGAUAACGGUGUGGAUGACGGUUGGUGGAAAGGUGAACUUAACGGAAAUACCGGGGUUUUCCCUGCACUUGUUGUAGAAGAAAUGACGUCUGAAGAACAAGAAUAUAAACCGGUUAAAAAGACUAAUAAUUGGAUUUCUUCAACAGAUACUUUGGAAUCGCCUGAAUUAGAAGGACCUCCCAAGUUUCACCCGCCCCCUCCAUCUCUUAACAUUCCGAAAAACAUCAACAAUAACUACUACCAACAAAUGACCAUGUCGGCGUCACUGCCCACCACACCGGUCAAGCAGGCUGGCCGUCCGACGAGGAUCGCUCCACCGCCACCACAGAGACCGAGAAGUGCAAGUCGUCCUACGUGAUAUAUCGUCAACAUCAUCCCAACUAUAAAUAUACUACAAAAUGCCUUUGGAGGUCAAAGUUCAAUAAGGCAUCAAGUUCAGUUUCCCGGUUCAGGUUUUUUUAUCACUUGACAGCAGGGAAUGUUGAUCUCGUCUUUGAUCAUGUCCGAUUAAGUGUAUAUUUGGUCUGUAUGUGACUUGGUAAUUUGUGGGUCCAGGAACUUAAUUUAUAACUAAUGGAAUUUUUGUGUUUAUAAUGAAAAAAAAUAUCAUGUUAUAUCUUUAUCAUACAUAUUUUAUUUAAUAAAAAUAUGACAUUUUUCUUAUAUUUUCACUAGAAAUGAUAUAAACACAACUUCUCAAUUCAAAUUCAAAGAUUUAUUGUAUCUCCUUACUUCAUGCGAAAAACUUACUAAUAUGACGCAUUUCAUCCUAGUUGGCCCCCUUAAUUCUUUUUUUGGGCAUGUCUCAUGGAUUCUUUUAGUUUCUCAGAUGAGUGAAACUCAGCAAUGCAGUUUUUCUGCUACUAUUGGUAUUUACAGUAAAUCGGCCCAUUUUUGUUCAAUUGUGAUAAUUGUCUUACGGAAGCCGCCAUGUUUUGUCCUAAAUGUUUUUCUCUCUUUUAUUAUACAUAGUACAUUUCAUUGUGAAGCACUUUUCUGUACCUUAACCUGGCAUGGCAGUUUUUGUCUUAAAUUUACGAGCAGUAUGGUUUGAAACUUCAAAUUUCAUUCACAAAAUGAGAUUUUUGCACAGAUUAAAUUUUUUUUAAGAGCUGGCGACUAUGUUUCUCAUUCUCUUGACAAAAACUACAUUUAAGAAUGAUAUUCUAUUUUCUGGACUGUAUUUACAGCAAACCUUACUAUUUCCAAAGAUUAUUAUUAAAAAAAAAUGUAAAUUGUUUUGCGACUCUGGGUCGUAAAAAAUUUUUGACACAGACUCUAGUUUCAAACAGAGAAAAUUACAUUUUAGUAAGAAAAAAAAGGCAUACACAUGCUUUAUUGUUAAUAACGCUUGAUAAUCUUGAUGAAAAAAUUAGACUUUUUAUAUCUUCAUUAAUUAGGAAUUUUAAAUUCCAAUUGUCGACUCCAGGGAAUUCAAAAUUUUGAGUUCUAGUUCGCACUCCGGGCAGUUUAGAAAUUCGAUUUCAACUUAAAGGAAAAUAUGUCGAACAGUCCCAAGAUUUCAGAAAUACCACUUCAUCCCAGGCCCCAGGCCCCAAACCCCCUGCCUCACACAUCAAAACAAUACACAACAUUAUCCUUAGUUAGUCUAUCGAUAAUAAAUUUCAAUGAAAUAAUUUUGUAAUGUAAUUCAGUCAGUUUUAAUUGAGAUAGGACAGUUUUCAGAAUUUGAAAUUAUAUAGGUAAUAAUAACAGAAAAAUUGGAAAAAAUGUAAAAUCAUGAGAUUAUUCAAAAAUGAUUAUCGAUGAAGCACAAAUUUGAUACUGUUAAAUAUUUUUUAAAUCAAAAUGCAGUUUCCGUUUUGUUCGUGUCUUUUUUGCUACAUUAACGCUGUGUCUGAAAUAAUUGUCUGAUGAAAUGAAACUUCAGCAUGAAACUUUUUUUUUGUGUUAUUGAGCGUCAGAGUUCUAUCCCUGUUGUCUGAUCAAGUUUAGCCCGACUUUGAAUUUAAAUAAUUAUCUUCGAAUAUGUUUGUAAGUCGAUUUAUUUCGCAUUCAAUACUCGUGGCCGUUCGUAUAUUUUAUGUUUCGCUGGAUGUGGGCCGAAGAAGAGUCUACCUACGGGCAUAUGUUGUUCAUCUUUGGCACACAUCUAGUUGGACGUGGAAAUGGCAUUUUCUUAUCUUUUGUUUAAAUAUUUUGCUGCCACUGUUUGCUGGCCAAUAAAAAUAUACUAUGUUUAAUGAUUG